GGACUAGUAAAGACCAACGUCGACAAAACUCGACGCCCGCCAUUAUAGCUCUUGCUCCUUGGCGUCCUUUGCUUGCAGUACGGCUUUUCUCACGUACAAAGAUAACCUCAUAAAAACUUAUCUACAGUCAUGGCUGAUAACGAUGAUCUUUUGGACUACGAAGACGAGGAACAGACCGAGGCGGUAGUCGACGGAAGUGGAGAUGCACCGGCCAAAAAAGAAGUCAAGGGUACCUACGUUUCUAUUCACAGCAGUGGUUUCAGAGAUUUCCUGCUAAAACCAGAAAUUCUCAGAGCUAUUGUUGAUUGCGGUUUCGAGCAUCCAUCCGAAGUUCAACACGAAUGUAUUCCACAAGCUGUACUCGGUAUGGAUAUUCUCUGCCAAGCUAAAUCCGGUAUGGGAAAAACGGCUGUAUUUGUAUUGGCAACUCUACAACAGCUUGAGCUAACAGAGAAUCAAGUGUACGUGUUGGUAAUGUGCCACACACGUGAAUUAGCAUUCCAAAUCAGUAAAGAGUACGAGCGGUUCAGCAAAUACAUGCCCCAAGUCAAGGUUGGUGUAUUCUUUGGUGGACUUCCAAUCCAAAAAGAUGAAGAAGUAUUAAAAAAUACCUGCCCUCACAUCGUGGUAGGAACACCGGGACGUAUUCUGGCACUUGUACGGAAUAAGAAGCUUAACCUUAAGCACUUGAAACAUUUUAUUCUCGAUGAAUGUGACAAAAUGCUCGAAUUGCUUGAUAUGAGACGAGACGUACAAGAAAUCUUCCGUAGCACUCCACAUGGCAAGCAAGUAAUGAUGUUCAGCGCAACAUUAUCGAAGGAUAUUCGACCAGUCUGCAAAAAAUUCAUGCAAGAUCCUAUGGAAGUUUACGUCGACGACGAAGCCAAACUCACACUUCACGGUCUCCAGCAGCACUACGUCAAGCUGAAGGAAAAUGAAAAGAAUAAAAAACUCUUUGAACUUCUUGAUGUGCUCGAAUUUAACCAAGUUGUUAUUUUUGUUAAAUCUGUGCAAAGGUGUAUGGCAUUAGCACAAUUAUUGACAGAACAAAAUUUCCCAGCAAUUGGUAUCCACAGAGGAAUGACUCAAGAAGAGCGUUUAUCGAGGUAUCAACAGUUCAAGGAUUUCCAAAAGAGAAUUUUGGUUGCUACCAAUUUGUUUGGACGUGGUAUGGAUAUUGAACGAGUAAACAUCGUCUUCAACUACGACAUGCCUGAAGACUCCGAUACGUAUUUACAUCGAGUAGCACGAGCAGGACGUUUCGGUACCAAAGGUCUUGCAAUAACGUUAGUUAGUGACGAGAGCGACGCUAAAAUAUUGAAUGACGUUCAAGAAAGAUUCGACGUGAACAUUACGGAGUUACCAGACGAAAUUGAUUUGGCAUCUUACAUUGAAGGCCGAUAAACAUUGAGAUGCAAUCGUCAAACGAAAAUGGUUCUUACGUCCAAGUGCCAAGGUGGCACAGUCGAUUAUGUGACGAAUACGUAACACGUAUUAGUUGAUCGACAACCGAAGGGAGAGAUCCUCCCUUAUCUUUUAAGUCUUUUUUUAUAUUGUGAAUAGUGGUUAAAAAUCAAGACUAGCGUAACUGACAAAAUAAAAUUAGAAUAAAU